CUGCGACAAGUUCAUUGCAACUCAGUGUACAUGCGCCGUUACUGAUAUUCGCGUUUGUUCAACAUCAUGGCGUACGAUACUCUACCACGUUAAGAUCGUAUUGCGACGGCGCGCGGCAUUAGCCGCGUCAAGGCGGCGCGUACCAAACUCAAAACGGUAGUACAUCGGUCGCCUAUGCAUCUACAUAUGUGUUUAACGAUGCUGGGUAAUCAUCAAAACUGCGACAGAAAUGACAAUACUUUUUCAAAUUAUUUUGAAUAAAAUAUUUGGUAAUUAUUUAGAGAUACGGACCACCCUCCGAUGACCUUGACCUUGACAUAUAUUGUCAAGGUCACCCUCCUGAGUGACUUUCAGAAGGUUUUAGCCGUCGCUCGUUUUUUAUUAAAAAGUUAUUAACCAAUAAAGUUUCGAAAAUAUAGCAGUUAUUUUGAGUAUUAAAACGCAUAAACGACUAACGUAUUUCCAUGCAAAGCGAAGUCUACUCCACCCCUAUUACAUUCCUCACUAAUUGUGUGUAGAUUCGUAAGUUAUCUUUGAAUAUCAUUCUUACUGUUGUUGAUGUUUCUUACCAAUUUCAAACUGUACUCUUCGAAAGUGAGCCAUUGAAUAUCCUCCUUACUGUUGUUGAUAUUUCUUAUAAAUUUCAAUUAUACGCUUCGACAAUGAGCCAGUAUACGAUAGAUUAUUGGAGAAGUAACUUGUUCAACUAUCAAAAAAUGAAAUUUUACGAAUUUCUCGCAUUAACAACAAAUUUUAAUGAAUUGUUAAAGUAUUUAUGCACGAAAAAUGUUAUUCGCGCAAAAGUGAAGUGUCCGCGUUGCAAUAAUGUUGUAGAAUUGACAGGUGAUCAGUCAUUAAUUAUACAUUGUACACAACAUUAUUAUAAACAAGUGAAAGGACGCAAACGCAGGAGAGUAAUUUGUAAUUUUAAAAUAAGCGCUUUAACCGGGACAUGGUUUGCGCAAAGCGUUAUAAAUAUUACCGUAAGUUGUCGAUUAAUAUGCUAUGUCAUGAUGAUGAAUUGCCCUCAACAAAGAUUUCUGGAAAAGGAGCUGAAUAUUUCAUCAUGCACAGCAGUUGAUUGGGUGAACUUUUGCCGAGAGCUCAUGAAUAAAUGGUUGAUGUGCAAACAAAAUCCAAUUGGUGGAAAUGGAAUCAUCGUCGAAAUUGAUGAGGCUUUUGGACGUCGAAAAUACCAUCGUGGACGAUUGAUCACAGGACAAUGGCUCUUUGGUGGUAUACAACGGGGCACGAAAAAUAUGUUUGUCGUGCCAGUUGUAUCUCGUAGUGCAGAAGUGCUACUACUCUUAAUCGAAAAAUACAUUGCUCCUGGGUCGAUAAUCUACAGCGAUUGUUGGAAAGCUUAUAAGAAAAUCGACAAAAAAAUAUAUCAACAUAGCGUAGUCAACCAUUCUGAAAAUUUUGUUGAUCCAAAUACGGGUAUCCAUACCCAAAACAUAGAACGCUUAUGGAGAGAUAUUCGCGGAGGUAUUCCACAAUAUGGUCGUAUAGAAUACCAUUUUCACCAUUAUUUAGCAGAAUUUAUAUUUAAAAAAACAUACGAUUUCAACGAACGGUUGGAUGCAUUUUUUGAAAUAAUGUCUACUAUGUACCUUUUAACGGAAAAUAUAAAUGAAUAAAUGAAUUAAAUUUAUUAUUAUUAUUGAAACCAUACAUAGAUGUGAUAGGUUAGGUUAGAUUAUAUAUUUAAAUCCGGCUGCCGUACGGCGGCCGGCAACGCUUUCUCCAAAUGAUAGUGUUGUUUAAAUAAUAACGAAAGAGUUGCCAGUCACCUUACGGCGGCCGGAUAUAAAUAUAUAACCUGACCUAACCUAAUACAUCAAUAAUAUUCACUUCUAAUUGAGUUUUAAUGGACAUUUCCACCUUAAUUCUUACAAAUUUGUUUUGGUUAAUAACUUUUUAAUGAAAAACGAGCGACGCGACGGCUAAAACCUUCUGAAGGUCACUCAGGAGGGUGACCUUGACAACAUAUGUCAAGGUCCAGGUCAUCGGAGGGUGGUCCAUAUCUCUAAAUAAUUACCAAAUAU